GACACAAUAUUGGAUAAUUGCAUUCGUUUCCAGCAGUUUACCAUUGUUCUCCAAUAUGUCAGUUUAACCUGAGUGAGUAAACAUUUGUUCCACCCCACAGCCCGUCUUUCCCAUAAUGCAACAGGCAACAAAGGGGGCGAGAGACAGCGAGAAAGAAAAAAAAAAAGUUUAAACAAAACCUUAGAGAACACGGUAUCAUAAAAGCGAGAGCCCUUGAUGUUCGGAUAUCAUUAACACAUACAAACGAACAACCAUUUAAAUGUUCUGAAUAAAUGACUGUAUUAAAGAAAUCGCGGACUUGGGUGUAUAGUUUUCCUUAAUAUCCCCCGGUGUGUAAAUUUGGGAGAAGAUGAAGGUUACUAAUGGUAAUGCUGUGUGGUUUGUCUGCUGGAAGUUCUGACUGACAUUUCCUCUUGAGUCGAGUGGGUUCCAAAAGAAAGCACACGGGGAUGGCUGCAUCAUUACUUACAUGAAGUGCUUUGGAAGAGUCCAUGAUCUGCCGCCGUGGACAACACCUCCUCGAGCAGUGUAGGUGAAGAAGAACCCUAUUCCCUAAUUUGGGAGGGAUUUUCAGGAUGAAGAAAAUUAGCCUUAAGACAUUUCGUAAGUCUUUUAACCUGAAUAAGGGCAAAGAAGAGGGAGAGUUUGUGGUUGUGCAGCAGCCAACCUUGACAGGCGAUUUUGGGAAAGACGAGUCUCUCUUUGGAGGCUGCUACAGCAAAGACCUGGCUAGCUGUGAGAUGAACGAGGAUGAAAAAGGACAGAAGAACCGAUCCAAGAGUGAGAGCCUCAUGGGCACCCUGAAAAGGAGGCUGUCUGCCAAGCAGAAACCCAAAGGCAAAGGAAGUUCGCCUUCAGUAAGUUCUGUAGAUGAUGAUACCUUCUCCUCUUCCUCUGCACCUAUUAGCUUUAAUGAUGUGAAGGCUCAGAGGCCCUUAAGGUCUACUUCGUUACGUAGCCAUCACUACAGCCCCACUCCCUGGCCCCUUAGGCCAGCCAACUCGGAGGAGACCUGCAUUAAGAUGGAAGUGAAGGUAAAAGCCCUGGUUCACUCAUCCAGCCCUAGCCCUGCAUGCAAUGGUGUCCGUAAAGAGUUCCAUGCCCUCCAGAUGGAUGGCUUGUUUGAAGAGGAGAGUAACCCUCAGAAGAAUCCGGACUCUCAAAAUGGUGACUUGCAUUUAAGCAUUGAUGAGCACGUGCCUGUAGUUAUUGGACUUACACCUCAGGACUAUAUUCAGUACACCAUGCCUUUAGAUGAGGGAAUGUAUUCAGUGGAAGGACCCCGUGCAUAUUGUCUGGACAGCUCUUCACCAAUGGAGGUGAUGUCCAUGGCUUCACAGAUAGGGGACAGUUCCAACCAUGUGGACGAGGGCCAGGUGGCUCAAGAUCUAGUGGUGGCACCAGACAUUUUUAUGGAACCCCCCAUCAACGGGCUCUUGGUAGGUACCACAGGAAUGGUCCUACAAAAUUCCACAGUAGAAGCACCUCCUCUCUCCCCUUUGCUACCUCCUCUCCCUAGCAUUCAGAUCCAAAGGAACUUCCCAGUUUUCGGCGGUGCUAAUGCCCAUGUUGCAGAAAGGGUGCGCCUCCAUUUGAACUUCGACCCUAAUUCUGCCCCUGGUGUAGCAAGGGUCUAUGACUCGGUACAGAACAGUGGGCCUAUGGUGGUGACAAGCCUCACAGAAGAGCUAAAGAAGCUUGCCAAACAGGGUUGGUACUGGGGUCCCAUAACUCGCUGGGAAGCAGAGGAAAAACUUGCCAACCUGCCAGAUGGCUCAUUCUUGGUGCGUGACAGUUCAGAUGACCGUUAUCUCUUAAGCCUGAGUUUCCGUUCACAGGACAAGACUCUCCAUACUAGGAUUGAGCACUCCAAUGGCAGGUUCAGUUUCUAUGAACAGCCUGAUGUGGAAGGGCACACAUCCAUAGUGGACCUCAUUGAACAUUCUAUAAAAGACUCAGAAAAUGGAGCGUUCUGCUACUCCAGGUCCCGCUUGCCAGGGUCUGCGACUUAUCCUGUUAGGCUAACGAACCCUGUUUCACGGUUUAUGCAAGUGCGUUCACUACAGUACCUGUGCCGCUUUGUUAUUCGCCAGUACACUCGAAUAGACCUAAUUCAGAAACUGCCUUUGCCAAACAAAAUGAAAGAUUACCUGCAGGAAAAGCACUACUGAAAAAAUCUAACUCAAAUAAAGCUUAUGGAACUUAUUUGCAACUUGCACUUUGGGAACUAUAAUAAAGUGAAAUAGGGUUUACAAACAUUCAUGGUUAUGAAAAGUUUGCUGCCAUUACAAUAAAAUACAUUUGUAUUGUGUUUUUUUUUUAUUUUAUUUUUUUUUAUUUUGAGAGAAAAGACUUUUACACGUUCGCAACAACUAAUUGGUUGUGUUAAUGUAUUAGCAUACUUUAAAAUCAUUUGGCCUUCCCUUAGUGGCUACAUGUUUAUGCUGCUGCAAUAUCCACUUUAUUAUUUUUGUAUAACACAAAACCAUUAUUCUCUAAUUUUUGAAAGACAUAACACACAUUAGGCAAAAGCAAAAUGAUUUGUUUGCUGAAAACCAAGUGUAUUGUAGAAAAAGUGUUUUCAGUCAGGCCAUACUGUAUGUCUCUUGUGUCAGUAGUCUGUUUUGGGUAGGUGACGGGACCACUUGCUCUUUAAUCUGGACACUAAUUUAUUACAAUUCACCAGCCUUCAUUUUAUUUGCAAGCCCUUUUUUGUAUGCAGCAUGAUAAAUGGUGAAGCCAGUAUACCUAUUUGGCAGUAAUAUAUUUUCUUCCCCUUUUUGUUUCCUGUAUUUUUUUUUCUUAAAAUCCUAAAAGUAUUUCUGAAAUUUUAUAUUGGUACAGUUUUUAACCUUGAAAAAUUGUCUUCUCCAAAGAUGGCCUCACGGGGGUUAAGAAAAUGAUGAUCUGAAUUCUAGCAUUUGAAUUUGUAAAUGAGUAAUGCAAAGACUAAACAACAGCACAGAUUCAACUCCUGGAUUAUAGGACUCACCCUGCCUCCAUAUGAAUGAGCAUUCCUUUAGUACUCUAUACAGUGUUAAAUAAUCCCAGUACAGUUCCAGAUACACACACAUGUAGUAACUACAUAUUUUCUUUUUUCUCAUAUUUAUUUUUUCAAAUUCAUAGACUUCUAGAAAAUUAUUCAUUUAACUACAGUGGAAGGUCAUGAAUUAAGUAUAAAGGGAAGGGCAAAGUGCCCCAUUUAGAUUUUAGUUUGAUAGUGUAUGUAUGCGUGUGUGUGUUAAGGUUUUUAAUCCACAAAAUUGGUUUGGAAUGGGAGUUUAUAAACAUACUUGUUUUCAUCUUGAUUUGGAUCAUAAUGCUCUAGAAUGAUUUCACAAUGAUUGUGUUGCCUUCUACUCUACAACCUUAUCAUUGCAAUGCAGGGUGCUGAUUAUUGUUUAAAAUGCGGUAGUGUUAUGCACAUUUUCUGUUUUAAUUGUAUAAUGCAGUAAACAAUCUCCAUCCAGAUCUCAUGCCAACUUCAGAUAUAUUUUUUUUGUAUCAAAUGGAAUUCAUGCUGUUGAGUGGGAGUGUAAGUUUACAUUAUAUGAGAUGCAGUAAUUGCCAUUUCUAUAUCACAUUGAUUUUCUUUUUUUCUUGACAUUUGGAUUUUUCAUGCUAAUCACUUUGGUACAGUAACUUUUUAAAGGAGUUCUUUCAGGAGUGCUUGAUACAUUUUGUGCUGCGCUAUUUUCUUUUAGUAGUUUUUAAUAAUUGCCUUUUUAAAUGUUAGUUGAGAGCAAACAGAAUGGCACAAAUUGAAAUGUACUGUAUAGAUGAAUGACUUUGGCUGUGAAAUUGGGAGAAUCAUAUACAUUUACAUUACUUUGUGAAACAGUUAAAUCAGUAUGAUGGUGAUAGUGCCAUACAAUAAAGUAUAGAUAGAGAAGCGAUCACUUCAGUGUACAGUUUUUCUAUAGUCAAUACAACGUGUAUGAAGCUUGCCAGAAAAUGAAUUAUCCAAAGUCCAUUGGUUUUCAUAUUAUUAUUAUUAUUAUUUUGUUGUUUGGAAAGAAUCUAUUGUGAUUUCUUGCACAUUUUUUAAAAACAAAUUUUAAAGGGUUUUUUGUAUCUGCUGAUACAAAAUGUAAAUAAAAGUUUAAUUCACAACA